AUGGUCCUUAGAUCCAUGAGCACGACUCACCAUACUACCUUUCCAAAGACCCGGGAAGAAUACCGAGCCCGACAAAAAGAGUCUAUCAGAAAAUCUCUGUUAAAAGAAGCCAAUCUCAACAAAGCCCUCCAAGCAGCAAGCCAAUCAGAAAAACACCGCGAAAAUGCGGUCCAAUACAGGAAAAUCGUCCUGGACACUGAACUAUCAGUGGUCCAAAACAGCGCCACGUUUGCCGGCAACAUCGUGAGAGAUAUCGAGUGCAUUGAGCAGGCACAGAACGAGGAUGAUCCGCGUGUAGAUGCGCGGAAGGCUACGUUCCGGAAGCUGUACAAGGUUUCUUAUGACGACCGGGAGGAUGUUUUGAAAGCACCGCAGGCUUUGGUUGAUACGUGCAAUAUGCUUUGGAGUUCGAAGGUGGUGUAUCCUUGGGCGGAGCAUGAUGAGGUUGCGCGGUACUGUACUACGCUGGAUGAGCUUAUCUUUGGGUGGGAGGUUGCGAGGAGGGAGGGGAAGGGUGAUGAGUAUUGGGAGCUGGGGCAUGUUGUUUCCACGUUUAAUGAUAUGAAGGAGUGGUAUGAAUAUGGGGUUUAUGGGAUUCCGGAGUAA